GUCUGGUUUGCAUUUGCAUGCUUUGUUAAAAUGGUCUCCACCUCUACUGUAUGGAUCCCUCCCAUUUGAAUGUAUAUAAAAACUACGAUGUCUUAAGGACAAGUUAGACUGUUGAUGAUUGCAGCGCCACGCAGAGCAUUCUCAAUAAAGAAUCCUGCUGAAGAUUACCCAAGAGUCUCCUGGUCUUCGUUUCUGAGUUCCCAACAGUUUUGGUACCGUGACCCGGAUAUAGCUUCUCAUAUGAAUCCAGAUUGAAACUGCAAUCUCAACAAAGAUCUGACUUAAUUCCAGACUGAAUCUUUCUUUACAACCAAUGGUUGAAUUCAUUGAAGAAAAAGAGGAAAAAGAAGAAUCAAGUGAAGUUGAGGAGAAAAAUCAUGUCAAAAUUGGUGGAAAACUUUCCCAGUGCGGUAAGAGUUUCACACAAUCAUCAAACCUCAAGGAUCACAUGAAUAUCCACACUGGAGAGAAGCAGCACGCAUGUGAUCAAUGCGGUAAAAUGUUUUUAUGGGCUUCACUUCUGAAGAAACACUUGAAAGUUCAUGCAAAGAAGAAGCCACAUUCAUGUAAUUUGUGUGGUAAGAGUUUUUUGCAUCUACAAAGUUUGAAAGAACAUCAGAAAAUACAUACUGGUGUGAGAGAGUACAUGUGCUUUGGGUGUGAAAAGACUUUUAUUUCAUUAAGCAAAUUAAAACUGCACGAGAGGAUUCACACUGGAGAGAAACCUUACAAGUGUUCACACUGUGACAAGAGAUUCAGUCAAUCAGCAUAUCUGAAAACACAUGAGAGAAUUCACACUGGAGAGAAACCUUACAAGUGUUCACACUGUGACAAGAGAUUGAAUAAUUUAUCAAAUCUGAAAACACAUGAGAGGAUUCACACUGGAGAGAAACCUUACAAGUGUUCACACUGUGACAAGAGAUUCAAUCAAUUAUCACAUCUGAAAACACACAAGAGGAUCCACACUGGAGAGAAACCUUACAAGUGUUCACAUUGUGACAAGAGAUUCAAUCAUUUAUCAAGUCUUAAAACACAUGAGAGGUUCCACACUGAAGAGAAAAUGUAUAAGUGUUCACAAUGUGACAAGAGAUUCAAUAAGUUAUCAUAUCUGAAAACACAUGAGAGGAUCCACACUGGAGAUAAACCUUACAAGUGUUCACACUGUGACAAGAGAUUCUGUCAGACAAGAGAUCUGAAAAAACAUGAGAGGAUUCACACUGGAGAGAAACCUUGUAAGUGUUCACACUGUGACAAGAGAUUCAAUAAUUUAUCACAUCUGAAAACACAUGAGAGGAUUCACACUGGAGAGAAACCUUACAAGUGUUCACACUGUGACAAGAAAUGCAGUGAUUCAUCAACUCUGAAAAUACAUGAGCGGAUUCACACUGGAGAGAAACCUCACAAGUGUUCACACUGUGUCAAGAGAUUCAGUAGUUCAUCAAAUCUGAAAACACAUGAGAGGAUCCACACUGGAGAGAAACCUUACAAGUGUUCACACUGUGACAAGAGAUUCAGUCAGACAAGAGGUCUGAAAAAACAUGAGAGGAUUCACAAUGGAGAGAAAAUACAUCACCGCAACGUACCUGGGAAGCGUUUCAUUAAGUCAUCUGUUAUACAAAAAAAACAAUCAAAGUAAGGCCCUGUACAUGCGGAGACACAUUUAGUUGUAUAUGUAAAUAUUUUGUAUGGUAUAUGCGUUUUGUCCAGACGGAUCCGGCAUUCGGGGCAGUGAAAAGGCAAUUUUUUUUUUAAACCAGGUCCCAGAGUGGAUAAAUCUGAAAAUUACACCUUUGGGGUUUUGUGUUCUGCCAAUCCAUAUAUUUUGUGAAACAAUGAUGUCAUCACCCCACAUCUCUACUAUAUUCAGACACCAAAAAUUAUCCAGACUCCAGAUAUAAUUUUUUAAAUACAUAUUUUACUAGUAGGUACUGGACACUAAUACAUGUAUGUAAGUGAGUAUAAGGAAACUGUGACAUAUUAUACCCAAAGAAUCUUCAUACAGUGAACUACUAGUGAAAUAGAUAGAUAAAAUCUAACUAUAUAUAAAAUUGGGAACAAAAAUUAUUUAGCACCUUAAAAAGCACCAUGUAUUGCUUAUGUGUGUUUUUUUUUUCUGAAUUGCUAAUGCAACCUUUUCACACCACAGUCUGAACAAAAUGAAGCAUUGCUUGGUAAUUGGUCAACAAAGUAUUGAUAGUUGUGUAAAUAUCGUCAUAA